AUGCCAGCAACAGAACCAGUCACCUCCUCCGGCAUCGUCGUCGACGCAGCAACCGGCCAACGCCACGUCCCAUCUUCUACCCGCGCUGACGGCACAAAACGCAAAGAAAUCCGCAUUCGCCCAGGCUACCAGCCGCCCGAAGACGUGCAAAAGUACAAGAACCGCUCUGCAGAAGCCUGGAAAAAUCGCGGAAGUGGUGGAGUCCCUGGCGCCGAAGCAGUAGUACCAAGCAAUACGCAACAAUCUGAAAGUGCGGCCAGUAACAAGAACGCUAAGCGUCGGGAGGCAAAGAAGAAAGCUAAGGCUGAAGAGGAGGCUGCAACUGCAGAUGGAACCGUGAAGGAAAACGAUGCGCCUAAGGCUGAGCCAGAAAAUGCCAUCGACCCAGAGGCAGAAAAGGAGAAGAAAGCGCGCAACCUCAAGAAGAAAUUGAGACAGGCUCGUGAACUCUCAGAAAAGAAGGACAAGGGCGAAUCCUUACUGCCAGAGCAAUUUGCGAAGGUGAUCAAGAUCAAUGAGUUGAUUCGCGAGCUUGAUGCGCUGGGAUUCGACGCGGAUGGCGAGAAGAAAAAGUCGGACGUGUGA